CUCCCAGCCAAAGGCUCAGUCUGGUACACCCAUCCGCUCUGCAUCAUUGCUGUUAACAUGGCUUCACGCUCUCGCUCAGCCACUCGCCAGGAGGUCCCUGGCACCAGGAACAGCACUCGCGCGAACUCAGGUGCCAGGCAGACGAGCCGUGCGACUCGGAGCACUGCGGAGGACAUUGAAGAACAGGAUAGUGGAGCUGCCUCCGACAGUGAUGUUUCUGAUGUCGACAUCUCUGCCAUACACAAGAAAAUUGCAGAACUGACCAGGAUGGCUGAGAACUUGAAGAGCAAGAAGAAGGUGGCAAAAGCCUCGCUGGCCAGUGAAUCACAUGUGAAAAAGAUCCAUAAGAGGAAACUAGAGGCCAUGGAGGCUGAGCAGAGAUCCACCAGCGAAGAGGCCCCCAAGCGCAACAAGAAGAAGAAGUUGGCUGUAGAGCAGCCCCAGCACACCCAAACCAAGCCCAAGCCCAAGCCCAAGCCUGCCUUCAAGGGGCAAAAGCGGAACAAAGAUAUCAAUAGUACAGAAAGUGAUGAAGACGGCAAUAGUACAGAAAGUGAUGAAGAUGAAGAAGACAAGGGAAGUGACAGUGACAGUGAUGAUGAGGACAAGGACAAGGAAGAGGACAAUGAUGAGGAUGGGGACAGGGAAGGGUAUGAGGAUGAGAACAAGGACAGGGACAAGGACAAGGAUGGUGACGAGUCUGUUGAUGAUGGAGUAGAGACCAUGGCGGAGUCGAAGAGCACUGGGAAGACACAGGUGAAGAGGUGUGGGCGCCAGACACGCACCAAGGUGACACAGCUCCCCAGGGACAUCAAGGCCCUCGUCUCUGCGGCGCAGAACUGCCUCCGUCUGCGCAUUGCUCUCAAGAACGCUUGGACGUCUGAGCCAUCAGUCAGCAGCGGCCGUCUUCCUGAGAGGGACGACCUCAUCAAGAGUAGUCUGCAGGAUGCCUAUGAACUGGGCAGGGCAGGGGGGCGUGACAAGUCCAUAAGGACCGCCUUCCAAGUGCUGAAGGGGAACAAGGGGAACAAGGACACUAAGGAGACUGACAAGCUGCGCAAGAAUGUCUACACAGUGGUCUGGGCGGCCGCAGCGCAGUUCCGAAACGAGCUGAAGAGGAAGGCCAAAACUGUUACCUCUCAGAUGUACAAGCUCGACAGCCUGUCUUCUCAGCAGAAGAAGAACCUGGCCACAUGGUUGAUCACCACUCACCCGACGACCGUCGUUGGUGGCUUGCGUAACAUCCCUAACUUUGUCUUCGGUGGCAUGAUGAUUGCCUUAGAUGCGCGCAAGCAUUUUGAUGCCGAGAAGAGCGACUUUAAGCGCGGGGAGGUGUUCCUCCACCCGGCUAUUUCAGAGCUGAUUUACCAGCACUGGGGCCUUGGAGCUCGAGCGGACGCGAACCUGCAUGCGGCCACGGAAGAGUUCAGCGAGGUGCCGAACAACCUGAUCGCUGUGGUGUGCAACGCUAUCGAGUCCGCCCUCAUGGAGUUUGCCAAGCCAGGUGCAAAGAACUUCUUCACGAACAAGCAGUAUGCUGCCAAAUGGGACGGCACCAUGGCAAUCUUGGAGUACAUGGAGGCUCAGCACAAUCCGUCCUACGUGAAUAUGAAGCGUAUUGUGUGGAAGUCCAUCAUAUCGCGGCUCGAAGACACGGACGAUGUGGGCGAGGUGGGCGUGGAUACUAUCGGUUUCCUCGACGCGGCCCUUGAGGAACAGGAGAAGGCUAUGGUCUCAGGAGGGACUCGGAGGAACACGACAUUGCGUGGUUCAGUGCACAGCAACAACAAUGCCCAGGCAGAUGCUGCAGAUCCAGCUGAGGACACCGAUGCGAAUGAGAACAUCAGCGAGAAGGAUGUAAGUGGGGAAGACGAGAUCAACAAGGACGAGAUAGACGAGACAGAGGACAGAGCAGGGGCUGCUUAG